AUGUCCGGUGGCAUCUUCUUUCUCGACGAAGAGCGCGAACGCGUAUCUCCACCCGACCACUCUCCUGCCACCACCGCCGAAGACUCCAAACCCUCGCCCCCGACCACCGCCGCCAGGCCGCCUACUCUCCAGAUACCCUCUUCCUCCACGCCACUCGCUGCCCCUAUCCCCACACCCGCCGGCCAGCCUCUGCCGCAACAUCGAAAACACCCCACGCCUUUCGCCGCCACCACCCCGUCUUUCCCAUCUCCCCUAGCUCGGGCGGUCACUGUGCCGUCGCAUUCCGACACUUCUUCGUCGUCUGAUGUAUCUUCGCCGACUCACUCGGAUGAAGAGAGGGAUCUGACAGAAGGAGAGGCGGAGAGGGAACGGCGGCGGAGUGAUCAGGCUUCGGAUGUUUCUGGGAGUGGGAGCGGAGCAGGGACGCCUCGCCGCUGGUCUGCUGUCCGUUCCACAACACCGUCUUCCUCAAUCCACCGCUCUCCAUCUAUAUCACGAGCAGGUAGUCCCACGUCCCGUCCUCCCAGCCCAGUCAACAACACCCGCCCGCAACCCCUGACUCCGGGUGCGCUGCUCAUGCGCAACAAGCGCAGUGCGAGUACAUCCAAGCAGCCGUCCCCGACCCAAAAGAUCUCGCCUACACACCCGAGCAGCAGUAGGUUUUCGCAGGACCCGUCGCCGGUUUCAUCUACAAGAGGCAGGAGCGGGUCCAGCGGCAGCUCUCAGCAAGAUCAUAGCGUUAGUACCGCCGCGUCCAGUCCGCUUCCGUCGGCUUCUUCCGGCAAGCCUGUGGCUAUCCCAAAGCCGCAAGAGACAAAGGAGGCCAACUCCUUGGGACUGGGAUGGGGAUGGGGAUGGGACGGAAAUUCUGUGGUGGGGUCCAUCCCUGCUUCGGCGUCUGUGUCUGGUUCAGGCUCAAGCUUGGGAAGUGCUGUCACCGGGGGAAGCUUGAGGGACAAGAGCAGAAAUAGGGAACGAGGGGAUAGUAUCAGCUGGGCAGGUGGACCCCCUAGUCCUCGGAGAGAAAGAGGAGAUCGAAGCAGUAUCUCGAGUAGCAACCUUGGUGUUAGCCCCGCCAAAUCACGGCGUGCCUCUGAUUUCCUCAGCACCUCGGCCAGCAGCAAGAUGUCAUCUGUAUCAGGCAGGGCGUCUUUUGGCGGCAAUAUGGCUCAUCUUUCGACGUCGGCGUCCAUGGUCUCCCCUCUCAAUCCUCUCCCCUCCCCCUGGCCGGCCAACCACAACACAAACUUGACGAGUAUGGGCAACAAUGGUGGUGAUGGAGUGAUGGGCUCCAGUCUCGGCAGCAGCGUGCACAGCGAAAGCGCCUCGACAAACACUUCUGGUAACGCCGGCAGCUCUGCCGGUGGGUCGGGAACGGGCGCUAUCAAGCUCAACAGAGUACCUACAAGUGUACGCUUGGCGAGCGACUUGUUGAGAAAUUCAAACGCCAGCAGUCCCGGAUCCAGUUUGGACUUUGUCUCCGAGCCUGGAGAGAAAGAUGACGGCGAUGAUGGAUCACCGGUGCUGCCUACUGCUGCAUCCCCUCCUGUGGACGUGACACGCCCGGCGCUGAGCACGGCGACCCCUCAUCCUUCACUGAGAGGCAAUGUGCCUCAUUUCUCAGACUUGUCCCCCAAAGCUCCGUUCAAGACACCCAUGGUACCUCUCCUACCCCGACCGCGGCCGUCUUUGCCUUUGCAAGAGGGAACUACCAUCGACCCCGUCAAGGUCCACAAGUACAGAACGUCUCUCCACGAACCUCCCGUGACACCGCUCCUGUCCAUAUCGCCUCGAGAUGGAAAUCAGGGGAGCGGCUCGGCUACUGCGGCCAAUUCGCCCACCAAGCAUGAUACUGCUACAUCCCCGUUCGGUCUUGGGCUCUCCCUUCCGCCUUCGGCGUCUUUGCCCGUCACCAACAGGGACUUUUUGGCGCCUUCGUCUGCGCUGACAGAGAGGCCGGCGCAGGGCUUGCUCACGGCUGACGCGGCCAUGCUGCCGCAGAUCCGGAGAUUGAGUGAUAAAGGGCCGUUGAGCAGGGACGGGUUGGGCAAGGGGUCUUUUGGGAGUGAUGCGGCGAGCCACGCGGCGAGUCAUGCGGAUGUGAUUAUGCAGAGUCGGCAAGCAAAGAUUCAGCGGUGGGGUGUUGGUUCCGGCAGAGAUAAAAGUGCUCUUCCGCCUGCGUUUGCGCGUUCGGCUAGUGCUGGCUCGCCUGCGAUGCUGGCUGUACGCCGAGCGGACCGUCAGAUGGAGUGGGGACAGCUUGAUCGAUCUGUCGAUACCGCCGCAUCCAGUCCGGGGGAGAACCCCGUGGGCACUGGCGCGGGAUCGCUGGGUGCAUUGUUCAAGAGCGGCGGCAGAGGCAUGUCUACCCGCGAGGAUCAUUCGCCAAAGACUGCUGGGCCGGAGACCCUCACGGUGCCUCAAAUCCCCCUCACGCCCGCCCCAUCUAGCCAAGGCUCGUCCGACCCCGACGCUCAGCAUCAUCACGCAGCUGUCCCUGCCGGGAUGGGCGAUAUCGAGUGGGUCGAUUGGUUGGACUGUUAUAGAGGGUACAAGGAGAUGAAGAUCAAGGCGGAGAAGGAUGCCGAGCAGCGUCGGGCAAGUGAUGGGUCUGUCAAGGGCGAAAAGGCUCCUGAGAAGGAGAGUGAGACUACACCUCAGCCGCCGCAGGCGGAGAGGACGGAAUCCGACCAUGACGCUACGCCUGUGCCGCCCUCCGCUUCUGGGCUUACAUCAGCACACCCACCCUCGUCAUUCCAGGCUCCGAACGCUCAGCAAGGACAGCAGUUUGGCCUCACCCCCACGACGUCACGAGAGUCAUACAUGUCGUCUGGGUCUCAUGUCCCAACGACCAAUAAUGGCGGUUCGGGGUCGAGGCAGGGUUCACUGCGAAAGAGAAGUUUGUCAUUCAAGAGUCUCAGCUUGGUGGAUCCCAGAUUGUCGCCUACGCUUGGAAUGAAGAGGCGCGAGAAGGGUCGGCAGGUGUCUGGUGAUUCGUUGGCUGGAUCUGCGACUGGGUCUGGGAGCGCCGCGGGUGGUGGUGGUGGUGGUGAAAAGAAGAAGAAGAAUUUGGCGACCAAGAUGGAAGGCUGGUGGAACGCUGUCAAGAGCAAUUUCGUUCCCGAUGCCGAAUCUACCAGUCAAUCCCAUCUGAAGCCCAGUUUCACUUCUCCAAAAAAGCCGUCAGCCACACCAUCCAUGGCAUCCAUCCCGCACACCUCUGCCUUGACUCUUCACCGGUCCAGGAGCCCGGUCUAUCUCUCACCGUCUCCUACCAGACGAGGCUCUCCUUCCCAUGGGCUUAGUCUGAGACAAGUCAUCUCUCACAACGAGCUUCGCCAUAGGAGAGACAGGGAUGAUAUCGAAACAGCUUCUCUGGCUGGAGGCGCAAGUCCAACGAAGAGAGAUUUGCUGAGCGUUGAAGAUCCGGACAGACAGAGCGUUGAGGGCUACAGGAAGAGCAUUGACGGGUGGAAGGAAGACAUUAGGCUUUCUCGAAAUUCGAGCGCAGACACUGCUGUGCCAGCAUCCACGCUGAUGCCUCCUCCGCCGUUACCUGCCGGGCCCGUCAGAGCUCCGUCCACGGUGAUUGAAGAAUCUUCCCCACCGAGUAGAGAUAGCAACGAGCCUCCCUCAACUGGGUUACCCGGCCACUCCAGCAGCGGACUUGGCGGUAGUCUCGAAGCAAGGCGAAAGCAGCCGAAUCUGAGGCUGGAGCUCUCCCCGCACAGGUUCAACAGCCCAUUCACCUCUGGGUCCUCAAAUUCAGCUUCGGCGUCUGUGCCGGGGUCUGGACCUAUCCCUAUGAAAGUACCUCUUGGUCAACCACUUCGAGAUAGUGAAGCCUCGUCUCGGUCAUCAGUGUAUGGCCAGUCUGCGGGUUCGGCAGCGUCUUUGGGACCAGGGCUGACGCCAGGGGUGCCGAAAUGGGACCAGACUCCUUCGCCGGUCUACAACUUUGGUUUGGGGCUGUCUCAAGAUGAUGGUGGUCUGAUGGGUCCGAUGUUGUCGGGCAAAGGUCUCGCCCAUGGACUGGGCCUCAUCGAUUCAAAGAUGGGAGGAGAGCUUGAGAAUCAACCUGUAGCACCUGGUGUCGAACUCACAGUCGGCUCUGUAAAAAGUCACAUUCGCAGAAGACUGAACGGUGCCAAAGAAGCCUGCGACCAUUCACUACGUCGUACGGUCAACAGUAUCACAAAGUUCGUCGACGGACAGAGAGAAUCGCAGCAAGGUCAAGAAGAUGUGCCGCUGGACUACUUUGAGAGGCUAAAUCUGAACGAGAGCCCAAUCGUGGAUACCGAAGAUACUGGGAGCGAACUAGGUGGAUUUGAGAGCGAAGGACAAGGAGCGAGGUCUAGGGCUGUGUCGUCAUCAAGGGGUCCCAGUCGAAGAGCCUCUGUGUCUCGGCAGGCCCUCAGUCCCCAGGCAAUCACAUCGAUGCUUCCGACCAGCCCAAGCCGCUUCGUCUCGCGUCGUCGCCCGAGUGCCGUGCCCCGAAGCUAUGCGCCGGGUGCCCGUAACAUUUCGAUAUCUUCCAAAGACAGGACCCGAUCUGGGACUAGCUCUCGAUCCACGUCUCGCUCUCGAUCCCCCAUGCCCGGAUACAGGCACCCAUCAUCCAGUAUGGCAUUGCCAGACUCAGCGGACGAUGAUCGCCACUUCUUGGAAGCCCUGCAGGAACUCAUCGUUUUGGCUACCGAGGUGAUAGACUCUAGUCUCCAUGCGCUCAAUACUAGUGGCCCCUCCUCAUGUUCUGCUAUCAUCCAACGGAUCCAAAAGACUGGAGGACUGUGGGACUCCCACAGCGACUGGCCUGGGCGAGAGUGGUAUGUCGAGAUUCUUCUUGCAGUUGCCAAUCUUGGGCGAGUGCUUGAUUGGUGGGAGGCAGAAAAGAUCUUCUGGAACUUUGACGCCGAAACGGAGAAUGAGCCAUUGGUCUUUGUGAUGAAACCCUCACGAGAGAGGGAGGAACCCAGAUUCGAGCAAGAGUUCCAAGCAGCCAUAUCCUCAAAUCGAAAUGCUAGCGGAAGCGGAAUGGGUGUCUGGGGUCUCGGUGAUCCCAACUAUUCCCCAGCAUCUAUGGGUGGAAGCGCCGAGGCUAGUGGGAGGGCAAGUGUCGUGGGAGAUGUCCCACCAAUGCUGAGCUUGGAUGUGCCAUCGACAGAGAUCGAAAGCCCGCAGACGGCAAGGCCUGAAGAACAAGGCAAAGGCUCGCCCAAAGCGCAGAAUCUCGACGAUUUGCGCUUCAUGGCCGACCACGCGAGGAGUGUAAACAUUGUGAUGGAGUUGAGUCUGCAUGACGAGGUCGUGGAGUACGUCAAUGAUGCCAUCAUGGAAGUUACUGGCCGGGAACCGGAAGAGGUCCUUGACCACCCUAUCACAGACCUGUUGGCGCCCGGCGAUGCUUCCGUGUUCUCUGAAGCCACCCAGAAGCUGGUUGAAGACGACAACAACACUGUUCAGCUUCGCUUCCGAUUUGAGGUCCACAAUCUCGCGCAGGCAGAACACGAGCAACGUCAGAUUGGACCCGUGUAUAUCGAGCUUGAGGGCGUCGGCAUGUUGAUGCGUGAAAACAAUAAGCCUUCCCACACCAUGUGGGUACUGAAACCGGUACCUGCAACCAUGGUCGAAGCUAUCACAGACGCAGCCUUUCCUCGUGAUGGGCACAUCUCCACCAAAGGUAUAUUGUGCCGAAUCUGUGAGCGAGAGAUCGUCACUUGGUUCUUCGAAAAGCACAACGAGACGUGCGAUGCUCUUCACCGUUUGGAAGCGGAAAUUGCCGAGAGCGACGAUUGUCUUCAUGAACUUCACCAGACAGUGGUCAAGCUCAAGUCCGAAAUCGACAACUCGGCGCCCAGUCAACCUUCACAGUACGAGGGUGUUUUGUUCUUCACUCUGCCCGACUCUAUAGCAGCCACGGAAGAGGUCUCAACUACCCAGUAUCAGGGUGUUGAGGUGAGAAAGGUGGCUCAUGAACAUCUUCAAGACGUACUCAAUGUCCUCUGUGCCGCUCGACAAAUCGAAACACCCUACGUCAGGGAGGAGGAAGCCGAUCUUCCUUCUACUGCUCAGCACUAUCUUUCAGAAGAUGCCGAGUCGAAGCUAUACAGUAUAUCGCGAUGGCAGCGUCCCAAGACUGCAGACUCGGCCCUUAAUCUCCUUUUCACCCAUGUGGAGGAGCAACUAAAGAGGAAGCAAAAGGCAGUCGCAAGGAUGCAAAGUACCGUCCGGUAUUCGGAAAAGACUCGGCACGAGUGGGAGGACAAGGUCAACAGGAUGUUGGAUGAACAGGAAGAUGGUAGCGACUCGGAUAGCGUUUCAGGCUCGGGGUCCGAAAGAAGCUCGUCUGAAGGUUCUCCUCACGAGCCGACAUCAGCAGGCAAUGAUGAUGGGCCUGAUGUUUCGCCACCUGGACCAAGAAAGAUUGCUGCUCUAGCGAGGUUGCCAAUUACUCAAGGUCACCCCCAUCGACAUCUAUCAGCACACGCUGACCAGUCGACCCAAACGAGUGUCGCUCCUACACCCACCGUACCCGAGACUCUUGGUCUCUCGAGCGACCCUUCACCCCCAAGUAUCCCUGCGCCCAUGCCAGACACUUCUCGACAUCCCCCCGAGGUCUCAGUCGGACACCGAUCAUCUCCCGUGAAAGGCGCUCGAUCCUCGUCUAGGUCCCGACAAGGUACACCUUCGCGGCCCGAAUCAGCCAAACCAAGUUCGAUAUCAUCUUCUCCUUUACUGGUGCCUUUUGCGCACGAUAAACACCAUCGACGAGUAUCUGCCUCGUCUAGGGGAUUGAGAGAUGCUCCCUUGUCGCCUCGAAUUCCCUCUGCAGCCUUGCGUUCCAGCGUUGGGCAGACGUCUAUCAAGGAUUUCGAGAUCAUCAAACCCAUUAGCCGGGGUGCCUUUGGGUCAGUCUAUCUGGCAAAGAAAUCCACAACGGGCGACUACUAUGCUAUCAAGGCCCUGAAAAAGUCAGAUAUGAUCGCCAAGAACCAGAUCACCAACGUCAAGGCCGAACGGACUAUCCUGAUGAACCAAGCGAGAUCGCCUUAUGUGGCGAAAUUGUUCUUCUCGUUCCAAUCCAAGGAUUAUUUGUAUCUGGUGAUGGAGUAUUUGAAUGGAGGCGAUUGUUCGUCUCUGGUCAAGACAUUGGGAGGUCUGAGCGAAGACUGGGCGAAGAACUAUAUAGCGGAGGUGGUGUUGGGUCUCGAGUACCUCCACGAUAGGAACAUAGUGCAUCGCGACAUCAAACCCGACAACUUGUUGAUCGAUUCUCGAGGUCACCUGAAGUUGACCGAUUUUGGUCUCUCGAGGAUCGGUCUCCUCAAUCGUCAAGUUGGAGGUCCCAGGGCAGCUUAUCUACCCAACCUCCGCGGUUCGGGCCGUCAGCGACCAUUUAUGAGUCGUACGCUGUCCAACACUUCUUCGAUCGAUUCCAACAUGCUCUCCCCAUCGCCCGACAUCAGUAUGCCUCAGGUUCUCACCAACGCUACCCAGUCGUACUUCACACCUGUUCGGGACAUCGGCUCUGCCGACGACUCGAGCGGCUCGGAGUCUGCGGGCAUCAUUCCUAAACAUGUCAGGCAGAUGCCUGCUGCUACACAGUUUACUUCUGGCAAUGUGAACUCCCCAUCUGCUAGCAGUGGGCGAGAGCCUGCAAGAUUCGUCGGCACACCCGACUAUCUAGCCCCCGAAAGUAUUUUGGGGAUUGGCCAGGACGAUGCUGCGGUGGACUGGUGGGCGCUUGGUGUGGUGCUUUACGAGUUCCUAUACGGUUUCCCGCCUUUCCAUGCGGACACUCCCGAGAAGGUGUUCGACAAUGUGGUUUCUAGGCGUAUCGACUGGCACGAAGAAGAUAUUGACAUCUCUCCUGAGGCGCGAGAUCUUAUCGACAAGCUUCUUUGUGCCGAUCCUCAUCGACGUCUGGGAGCGGGUGGGGCGGGGGAAGUGAAAUCGCAUCCUUUCUUGGCGACUAUCAACUGGGAUACCAUUGCCACAGAAGAGCCCAGUUUCGUUCCUGAGGUCACUGAUCCCGAGUCUACAGACUACUUUGACUCCCGCGGGGCUACUUUCCUCUUCCAUGACGAUGAUGCUCCAGCUCAAGUCUUCAAGCAAGCUGUUGGUGACAACCUUACCAUUCCUCUUGCGUCCCCAUCAACAACCGGUGAAAUGGACGCUAUUAUUAGUGAUAUUGCCGAGCAAGACGACUUUGGCGCUUUCAACUACAAGAAUCUGCCAGUGCUCAAACAAGCGAACGACGACGUCAUCAAGAAGAUGAGAUCGGACUCGAUGGUACCCUUAGCCCAGGCUCUCGAGGGCAAGGCGCCAGCCAAGACCAAACCGAGGAGACCUUCGGCGAAAGACAAAUCCAGACGCCAAACCUCGGAUGGUGCCGACGCCCCCUUCCCUCCUUCCCCAUCCACGUCCACCUCUUCCUCGGUGUCUACACCUUCCCGCGCCAACAUGCCACAGCCUCCUCUCACUAUUCCUUCUGGCCCUCAACAUCCUCGCCGAUUAUCAGAGCUCAACGCUCUCGAAAGGGUAAAGACUUCUGAUGCCGAUUUGGAGGUGACAAAGAGGAAAGAUGUGAAGCAGAACAGGAUCAGGACGGAUUCGGGCUCAAGUGCGGGGAGUGCCAGUGCAGAAUUGUGGAGACAAAGAAGGCAGGCAUCAUUACAGCUCGAGAAUCCCGGGAAGGAAUUGGAGGCUGCAGCGUCGGCGACAGGGGCGCCAGCAGGGAGCGAAGAGGCAAGGAGGACACCUGCAGAGACACGGGGUCUGGAUGUGUUGAUUGCGGAGGACAAUCCUAUCUCUCAAAAGAUUCUUGAGACCCUUCUCAGACGAAUGGGAUGUCGUUGUAUCUGUGUCGACGAUGGCCCUGGCGCAUUGGCGGCAACAAUGGGCAACAUCAAGUUCGAUGUCAUAGUUUGUGAUAUACACAUGCCUGUUGUCAAUGGAGAGCAAGUUGCCCGAAUGAUACGCUCGACUAGCAACCAAAAUCAGAAUACCCCGAUUAUCGCUGCCACAUCUUACGAGCAACAUCAAUCCAUCACUGAGGAAGGUACCCUAUUCUCCGCUGUGAUCGCGAAGCCUGUCACGAAAGCCGAUCUGGUGAAAUGCUUUACCAAACUUGGCUUCGUCGUCAGCUCCGGCGGCAGCGAGGCUUCGCCCUCAACCUCACAUCCGUCUCCAGCACACCCGAUACCCACAAACACCGUCGCUUAG